UCCGCUCGGGUCAUUUCACACACCCGUCUAAAGAAGGAGCCGAACCCGAGACCCUGAGCAUCGACACGCGCGAGGAGCUCCACGGCAAACCCCUUCGGAUCUGUCUCUGGAGCUUCCGAUGCAGUGUAACGUGAAUGCAGGCAUGUCUUUAAUGAAGGCGCCGUUUAUGGUUGUUACUUUUUGAAAUACAGCUCUUGAAACCUGUAAGAUCACGCGUGUCUGAAGAAAUGAUUUUCUUGAGAAAAACAUUUACAACGAUGCUCGUGGAUUUGUAUGUCACGCAUAGUUUAGGAUAUUUAAAUACACGCAUGAUUGUGAAGUUAUCGGUAAGUGAGGCGUUAAUAAAGGUGAAGGUUUGAAAAUUAAUGUGUGUGGAAUACGAGUCAGUUCAUGCAUAGUCUUCCAUUAUAAAGGAUUCCUGUAAUUAUUUACAUCAUCUAUUAAUCUGGUUUUUAAUGCGUUUUUACAUUGCAUUUUUUGGUGGGAUUGGAACACAGCGCUAUGUUAGAUCUAUGUUGAAUAUUUAACCCUGAGACUGUUCCUCUGUAAGCAUCAUGAUGGCAAAACACUGUCCUAAUGAUGACCUGAGUAAGAUCUCUGAUGAUGAACUGGUCAGAUGGAGCAAAGAGGACUUGAUCAAGAGACUGAGAAGGGCUGACAGUGAGAAGAUGAACCGAAUGCUGGAACAUGGGAACAUGAUGAAGGACGUCAACCGCAGACUGCAGGUGCACCUCCAUGAGAUCCGUAAUCUAAAGGAGAUCAACCAGAAACUGCAAGACGAUACCCAGGAGCUCAGGGAGCUCUGCUGCUUUCUCGAUGAUGAUCGGCAGAAAGGUAAGAAGCUAUCUCGGGAAUGGCAGAGGUUUGGGAGGUAUACGGCCAGCUCCGUGUGGAAGGAGGUGAGCACCUAUCAGCAGAAACUCAAGGAGCUGGAAGGCAACCAGGAAAACGUCCUCCGGGAGAAUGCAGAACUAAAGGAGAUCAUUCUCAUGUUGGAUGAAGAUAGGAAUGGCGCAGGAUCUAGAAGCUCUAUAGACAGCCAGUCUAGUCUGAGCAACCUGAAUGGAGGUUCGAGCAUUGUCAGAGAUGUUGGCGAUGGGAGCAGUACCUCCAGCGGUGGAAGUGCUGGCAGCCCAGACCAUCAUCAUAAUCACAUACACAAGACUGUAGAAACCAAGACUGGCACCAUACGGCGAUCAAUGGAUGAUCUCUCCGCUCCACAUCAUCACAGGAGCAUUCCCAAUGGACUCAAUGAUGCAUCCUCAAACUACAUUCGCCAGCUAGAAACCAAGGUCCGGAUUCUAGAAGACAACAACAAACUGCUCUCACAACCCUGUAGCCGUUAUAGCUUAUCAAAGCUGUCCAUGAAGUGUAAUCCGGUGGACCUGCGAGUCCUGCGGAAGGGCAUGACCCUCUACCGCUCAGAAUCACAGCUGUCUUCGCUCCCCCAGAAGCAGGAGGCCCUACUGAAUGGGACUGCAAGGCUACAGACCAGUGAGUCUUCUCCUUCCACCGGGUUUGUCUCAUCUGUACAGAAACCUGAAGCUGUGGUUCAUGCCAUGAAGGUUCUGGAGGUCCAUGAUAAUCUGGACAAGCAGCUUCCAGAAGAAAGUGAAGAAGACCUUAGUGAGAAAGAGAAAGCCAUAGUGCGAGAGAUGUGCAACGUGGUGUGGCGAAAGCUCGGUGACGCAGCAGGAUCAAAGCCAUCCAUCCGACAGCAGCUCUCUGGGAAUCAGUUCAAAGGUCCUCUAUAGCAGCUCUAACACAUGAAGAACAUCUCUCCUUCUGUUCAGCCACCAUGAAACUCCAGCAGGACCAAACUGAGAAACUGCACACACAAACACUUCUGUCCACUACCAUCAUCCAUGUCAAAUAAUUUGGAAUCCAACUAUUGCAUUACAUUCCAAUUUUCAGUGAAUCAGUGAACAUGUAAAGCAAUAAUCCGCAUUGAAAUAAAAAUUUUUUGACUAUUAAUUAUAUUUUUUCUUUAUUGAUGAAAUGGAUCUCGUAUGAAUUUCUGGACUACUCAAUUGACAAUUACCCAAUGGUCAAUUUGACCGAAUGUAGAUUUAGAAAAAGAAACACUAAAAGGACAGUGUCGUUUGCGACUAGACGCAUGAAGUGUUUACGACUGGCAGCUAGUCAUGUUCAGUCAGCUUGCCUCAUAUUAUUGUUUUUACAUAACAGUGGUGUCAGAAAACUCAUUAUUGUUUCCUUACACCCUUUUAGACAAAGUUGGGUCCAUCAAACUGUGGUUUACUCCUUUCAGAGUGAUACCAGAUAAUGCUCAUUCACUCCAUUGUGUUCUGGUACCCUUCAUGUGCAAGUAAUGUACAGAAAUGACUCUGAAAGACAAUGUAAGAUAUGUACAAAAGCUUUAAAUCACUUUAUUAUGUUGUCUUUUUAAGUGUUUUUACUUUUUCUAGUAGCUGUUUUUAAUAAGUUCCAACUUAACAGCGUAUGGGGUUUUUUAACAGCGCAACACUUUUUGAACAAUGCAACUCAAGACACAAAAGCAGCACAAAACAUGC